AUGGGUUCAACAUCCAUUGAUGAAGAUCUCGUGGAAGAGAGAGAAGAACUCAUGGUGUCUUACAGUGAGAACAACAGUCAACCUAUGAUUAAAAAAGCUCACUUUUUGAAACCCUGUGUCACCUCCAUUGAAGGUAUGCUUCGUCCAGCUUCUUGUCCUGAGUUAAAGGCUUCGUCUUUGUGUGUUUCCUUUCGUGGGUGGAGGUUGCCGAACAAAAAGUUUCAGUUUUGGGCUAAAAAAAUGGCUGCUUUACACAAACCCACUUGGUUAAAAUCUGGGAUUUUUGAAGCAAUCAAGGCAUCCACUUACAAAAUCCACAAAAACCAGUCUUUGAUUCUCUCCCUAGCUCAGAACUGGUGUCCUGAGACCAAUACCUUUGUGUUCCCUUGGGGUGAAGCAACCAUAACCCUCGAAGAUGUGAAUGUGCUUUUGGGGUUUUCGGUUUUGGGUUCGUCUGUACUCGCUCCUCUUGAAAGCUCAGAGAUGAGAGAAGCAGUGGAGAAACUGGAGGAACGAGAGGAGGAGAGUAUGAGUCAGGAUUCAUGGAUUUCAAGCUUUGUAGAUGAUGAAAUGGAGCAUGAAGCAUUUCUAGUGUUAUGGCUUUCGAAAUUUGUGUUUCCAGACAAGUUAGGCCGUUCGGUUGUCAGUGAUGUUUUCCCAAUAGCUGUUCGUCUAGCCAGAGGUGAAAGGGUGGCUUUAGCUCCUGCUGUUCUCGCAAACCUAUACCAUGAUUUGAGUCAAAUCUGUGCUUUAGCCUCUACGAAAAACGUUUAUCCCAAUUCUCUGUUUAAGCUUGUCCAAGUAUGGGUAUGGGAGAGGUUCAAGAUUAUAAGACCAGAAGCUAAGGUGAUACCUUGGGGUAAACCAAGAAUUGCUCGAUGGAGUGGUCUGAAACAGAUAUUUGGGGAUGAGGGACUGAUUCUUUUUGAUGGUAAUUUUGAGUGGCGUCCCUAUACUGAACCUUUGGAGAAUUGGAACCCACCUCGGUUUUACCUUGAAGAUGCUAAGUGGGUGAGGAUUGGUGAGAGUCUUGAUGGUGAUGAUGAUGAGUUUGUGUCGUUUGCUAGAUGUGUGAGAGUUUCUAAGCUUGUUGGUAUUGGUUUAGUAGAGAACUACUAUCCAAACCGAGUAGCGAUGCAAUUCGGAUUGGCGCAAGAUCUUCCUGUUUUGGCUACUCAUCACAGAAGAAACUCCACAAAACAAGAAGCAUGGGAUGAUUACAACAAAUCUCUUGAUGGUUUAAGACUAUACAUUCCUUCUCGUCUUGCCACAGCUUCAGUUACUGCAAGAUACCGAGACUGGUGGACAAAAUCUGUUUCAGAGAUGCGGAAAGAAUCGACCGAAACUUUCAAUGUAGGCAGUACAGUUGAUCAUUAUGAUGAUAGUGAUGUUGAUAUACUUCUUAAGGUAUUGCCAUUGAGCCAAAUCCUUCAGAAGCAGAAAGCCAAGCAGUCGCCAAACAAGAGACGCAAGCGAGCUUGUGAGGAUGAUGAGAGUGCUGAUACAGAAGAUGAUGAUAACAUGACCAUUGAUCAGAGGGUCAAAUCUAGGAAGAAGUGUAGUGAUCAUGUAGAGAAUACUGAAGGAGAAAGAAGUAGACUUGAAGUAGAUAACAACAAUGUUUCAGGCCUUCCUCAAAAGCUUGCUUAUGGAGAUGAGACUGUAGCAACACAAGCAACAGAGCAAAAGAAUGAUGAAAAGAACUCCUCAAAUCCUUCUGAUGAAGAUGUUGUUACUGAUGCUGAAAGAUUGAAGCAGAGAAAGCUCGCAACCAUCGCUCAGAGGAUCAACUAUAGAAAGCAGUGGGCCAAUAUGGAGAAUACAGAAGGAAAAAGAAGUAGACUUGGAGUGGACAAAAAUGUUUCAGGUCUUCCUCAAAAGCUUAAUGAUGAGACUGUAGCAACAAAAGAAACAGAGCAAAAGACUGAAUCAGUAAUCAAAACCCCUUCAAAGCCUUCCAAUGGAGCAGCAACUGAGAAGCAAGAAGAUGAUGAGGAGAGAUUGAAACAAAGAAAGCUUGCAAUAGAGGAGCUAGAAUUGAAGAUGGAAGCUCGUAUUUUGAAAGUAGAGAACACAUUGGCCAAGAUCAAACAAUGGAAACUCACAAGAACUCACACCAAAACUCCUGUUUCUGCUUAAGAUUGGCUUCUAUGCAAAAAAAAAAAAUGAUAACUUUUGGUAUUUUUAGUGGAAUUAAUCAAAAAAAUUCGUA